CCCGCCUCUCUAGAGUCACACAUCCGGCUCCGGCUCCGGCUCCCUGGCUAGUGGUGACUGAGCGAGCGCAGCCGGGGGGCGGAGGAGCGGCUAUGGUGCUGCUGGAGAGCGAGCAGUUCCUGACGGAGCUGACCAGGCUCUUCCAGAAGUGCCGGUCGUCGGGGAGCGUGUUCAUCACCCUGAAGAAGUAUGAUGGUCGGACUAAACCCAUUCCAAGGAAAGGCUCUGUGGAAGGCUUUGAGCCUUCAGACAAUAAGUGUUUGCUAAGAGCUACUGAUGGGAAAAAGAAAAUCAGCACUGUGGUGAGCUCUAAAGAAGUGAAUAAAUUCCAGAUGGCCUAUUCUAACUUGCUCAGAGCCAAUAUGGAUGGGCUAAAGAAGAGAGACAAGAAGAGCAAAAACAAGAAAAGCAAAGCCACACAGUGAGGGGCACUUAGAUUCCGGUUUUAUUUCACUAGUUAAACAGAACUUUGAAGAUACUUGGCUAAUGGCACAGCCUUCUCUUAGGGCUGAAUGGCUUCAUGUGGUGGGGAGGGGGUGUUAUUUAGUAGCAGUUUAUCAAUCCUGUUUUGGUUAAUUGCCAGUUUAAUGUUUACAGGAAUUCCUGUGAUUAAAAAAGAAAAAAAAGGCCUGUCCAAGUUAUGUGUGUAUAUAUAUGUAUUAUAUGUGGCAUCCAAACAUCCUCAUUCCCUCUACACUUUGUAGUAUAUCUGACCUAUGGUUUGUUGAAGUCACUUUAGCAAUCUGUAUCAAAAGAGCAAUAUAUUAUUAAAUUUAUCCAUAUACCUUU